CAGAGCAUUCGACACACCUGAGGAACACAGCAGCGUUCCACUCUGCUAUUAGCACAGUCCGCCAGGUAAAAAUGUGUCUUCUUAAUUUGUACAGAAUUUGUUUGAAGUGGAUACCACGUGAUAAUUACGCAUCGCAACAAUAGACGGGGAUUUUUGGGAGCACUGUCUCAUCUCGUCUCGUCGCGUCGCUUUGUUAUCUUGGAAAAAUAUCUCGCCAAUUAAGCAACUCCGCUGCAAGGCUGUCAGUCAGGCUGCUAGGACCGAGGAUAUUACUGAAGCAGUUUCCAUUUAGCUGUGAAGCGAUGUGGAGGUAGCCUCGUUUGUGGGGAAGGAAGGAAGGGCAGUUUCCAUCACAACCGAGCGCGUGGGCUAUCCAGCAGCCUCUCCCACCUGCGUCGGCUUCUUCUGGAGGUUGCCAAGGAUCCCGGAGUCGUUCCACCAGGGGAUUUAAGUUUCGUCAAAGGAUUUCUUGAAGACUUAACCGGCACAUACAAAAAAACAUGCUGCCCUGAUAUCCGAUGUUAGAGACUCCAAAGCAGGAGUUUUGAAACUGUCUGUGGCAAAAACAAUUCACCUUUCAAACUUUUAAACGUAGGAUAAAACUUUGACCGUUGCGCAAGCGCACCGUCUGUCUGGAUGAUGCUGUCACGCCAUCAAAACACGCUACGGCUCUACAUCUGUUGGGCACUGAUCCUGUGUACGUCAGGGGAGGUGGUGGAGCCUCUGGUUGACGCGGCGACGCCUCUGUUAUCGUUAUCGGAGGCGGAGACGCGGUUGCCGUGCCGAUACGAUGGAGACAGCAAAGUGGUCCAGGUGAGCUGGAGUCGCAUCACGAGCAGCGGAGAAGAACAACACAUCAUCAUGUACCACUUCACAGAGGGACUCAAAGAGUUUACAGACUUUGUGAAUAAGAUGCGUUUUGAUUCGCUGGAGCCCACUAAAGAUGCCACUCUACUGAUCCUGAGCACGGCCGAGUCCGAUGAUGCGACGUACAUCUGCAAAACCACCACCUUCCCCUCGGGGAACACUGACACCAGGAUCAAACUCACCGUCUGGAGUCGUCCCAUCUCCAAUAUAGAGCCUGUGCAGCUGAUUGAAGGCCAGACGUUUCGAGCAGCAGCCACGUGUCGCUCUGUAGGCUGGCCUCAACCGCGCCUCACAUGGUCCACAGAUGUUGCAGGCCAGGGUCAGAACAGGAGUGUGGAUGCCCGCACGGUGUCCAGCGUCUUCUCUCUCCACCCCCUACGCAGCCUGGACGGGCGCCAGCUCGACUGCCUCGUGUGGCACCCCACAUUCACACAGCCACAGCGAAUAGCAAACAGGAUUGUUGUCCUCUACCCCCCUGAUGUGUCCAUAGACCACAAGGCUAAGGGCUCUGAGUGGUACGCUGGCUUGGAGGACGCGCAGCUGAAGUGUGUGAGCAGAGGAAACCCCAAACCACACAACAUUACAUGGAGCAGGGUUGGUGCAGCUCUUCCUGAGGGGGCGGAGACUACUCCUGAUGGCUUCCUGAAGAUUGGCAGGCCUCUGGAGCAAUCAGACGCCGGCGUUUACCAGUGCAUCGCCUCCAACACCGUGGGCUCCAGCCGCGCGGAAGUGGAGAUCACCGUGUCAGACUCCCAAACGGGUCCACCUGCAGAGGCGAACACCUUGUUGAUGAUCAUCAUCGGGGCCGUAGCCGGAGCGCUGGUGCUGAUUCUCCUCAUCGUCGUCAUCAGCGUCAACAGAUACCACCGACGCAAGAACAAGAAACUCACCAAGGAACUCGACGAGAGGAAAGAGGAGAUCAGCACUCUGUCCAGACAGGCCUCCUUCAGAAGAAUGAACUCAGUCAGCACGGACAGAUACCAGAUGGACGAAUUGAUGCCCCUCAGAGUGGAAGGAACUCUACGCAACAGCCUUUCGUCACUGGAGCGUCCUCGUUCGAGAGACAGUCGCUCGACUCUGGGAGGUCUGGACGCGCUGGGCAGACCGGUCAUCUACAACACGUCACGACGUGGACGAGAGUCGAGAACCAGCAGAGACCUGGAGAGAGAGAGGGAAGAACAGAGGAACCGAGUGGAGAGCUACGUCAGAAACAGCACCGUUAACAUGUUCCAUCCCCCUCUGCACCCCUCCCCCAUCGUCAUGGACCAGACAGCGGAGAUCGUGAAGCCGGUUAACGGCAUCGCUACCAUGCCGACCGUGGUGGCCGUGGAAACAGGAGGAGGGAGAUCACGAUCAGUGGGCAGCCUACACCGCAGCCCCAUCGCGCCGCCGCUGAUGUCCGCGUACCCUCCCCUGACGGACGAGGAUGAGGAGGACGAAGACGAGGAAGAGGAGGAGGAGGAGAUGAGACGACUUGACCACCAGAGGGAGCAGGAGUUCCUGCACGUCGUGCGCACCAACGGAGACACACACACGCUCUCUCCUCACACACACCCUCACGGAGACACACACACGCUGCCGCCUCACACACAUCCUCACGGGACUCUGGAGAGCCACGGCAGCGAGACCAGCUCCCAGCUGUCGGAGGCGCUGUCGAGUCCGUACGAGAGGGGGAGCGUCGGAACCGGGUCCAUGCGGAACAAGACGAGGCCCAACGGGUCAACACUGCCUCCACCCAUGCCCCUCCUGCACAAGGCACAGAUAGUCUGAUGUGGACACACACACACACACACACACACACACACACACACACACACACACACACACACACACACACACACACACACACACACACACACACACAACAAGACGAGACCCAACGGGUCGACACUGCCUCCACCCAUGCCCCUCCUGCACAAGGCACAGAUA